CUCAUCCAUUGAGGAGAUUGAGAUAUUCAACAACCACCCACCACAAAAAAAGCUAGAAGACAAACACAAGAAGAGUGCCACUUUUGUCUUUUUGUUCGGCCCUGUUUCUUUGGGUUCAUAUUUUGUUGCAUUUUCUUGGGCACACACACCAGCAAUUACCUCUCUGGGAUUCGUUAAUUCACACAUUCGACUAUUUCCAAACACAAAUUAGUGUUUUGAUUGGUUUUGGCUUGUGGGUUUCACUUCUUGUGCUGUUCUGGAGUCAUUUUGGUUGUUGGGUCUUUGGGACUUUCGUAGGUUGUCUGGUAACUGUUUGAUGAUUUGAUGUCUUUGGCUGUUGGAGCUGUUUCUUGUUCCAAUAACAUGGGGCUCGAUGAAAACAAGGAGGGAGGAGAGAAGAGUGGGGUCCAAGAAAGUGGUGAUGAAAGUGAAUUGAAUAUGAAGAGAAACAUGAGUGAUAGUUCUUUUUAUGCGACUGAAGACGAGGAUGAAGAUGAGUAUGGUAAUAAAAUUCAGCUUGGUCCUCAGUGUACCCUUAAGGAACAGCUUGAGAAGGAUAAGGAUGAUGAGAGCUUGAGGAGGUGGAAGGAACAGCUUCUUGGGAGUGUGGAUGUGAACAAUGUUGGAGAAACAUUGGAACCAGAAGUGAAGAUCCUCAGUCUUUCAAUCCUCUCUCUUGAGAGACCUGACAUUGUUAUUCCUAUUCCUGAAGAUGGAAACCCCAAAGGUUUGUGGUUUACUUUGAAAGAAGGUAGUCGCUACAGCUUGAGAUUCUCUUUCCAAGUCAGCAAUAACAUUGUAUCUGGCCUUAAGUACACCAACAUCGUUUGGAAAACUGGCAUGAAAGUGGAUAGCACAAAAGAGAUGCUUGGAACUUUUAGUCCGCAGCAAGAGCCUUACACGCAUGUGAUACCCGAAGAGACCACCCCCUCUGGCAUGUUUGCUAGAGGUUCAUAUACUGCAAAAACAAAGUUUGUUGAUGACGAUAACAAAUGCUACUUGGAGAUCAAUUACACUUUUGACAUCAAGAAGGAUUGGGCUUCUGUUUAAACAGAGGACUUCCGGACCAGUGUUAGCAUAUGGCCUUCAUUCAGUUAUGUUCGUUGUACCAAUAUCAGUUUAAUUUGUUCCCACCACACAGAAUUAAUUAUCACUCUACGAUAUUCUUAACCACCAGAUUUCAUAACAAUUGAGAGACUUGUUUCGUGGGUAUCCCUUACUAAAAGGAGAGCUUGACAUGUCUUUUAGAUAUUCUUUUCCCUGCAGUAAAUUCCCCUUCUGUUAUGACCCGGCUGAGCUUGAUUUUUGGUGAAAUUUUUUCUGGUUUUGUUAAAGCUUGGAAAUCAUCGUGAAUCAUAGGCCCCGCAUUUAUAAGGACACAUUGGGGUACAAUUACUGGUCUGCCACUUUAUGUUUGAACUCUUUGUUAAACAGAGUGAUAAUUUGUUUUGUUGGUCUGCCACAUGAACAUCCUGACCAUGCUCCCAAAAGAAAAAGAAAAAAAAAUGAUUAUGGAUGGUUGAGAACUUACACCUGAUUUUUUUCUGUAGCUUCAAAACCUUUUAGUUAAACCUUCUACGAAUAU